GGGGGUUUGAGGUCUCAUCACUUGGCAGCGGAUAAGUGCCAUGUUGAGCGCCUACCAAAGGCGAAAAAUAAUUCUAACCUUAGAUCACGUUCUUUCCUGGAACGAGUUCACUGCCUAUAGUGUUUCACCAAUAUGCCGUAGUAGAAUUAGUCUUGCCCCCUUUCAUCAUGCAUACCUUUCUUUUCUGACGGUCCACGAUCACUUCUGCCUCUUCCCCCCUUAUCCCUUUCUCCUUCUUUUCACGCCCUAGCUAAAGUUUAGCCUCAUAGACCCACACAAUGGACCAGCCCAAGUCAUAUGUCUCUCCCUUGGACUUCCCUCAGGUCUGGCAGAAGCCGUCCUCUGAGGCGAUCAUUGCUUGUCUCAAAAGGCUGCACGUCGAACCACCAAUCUGGAAUCCUAGCACGUCACAGCGAGUCAUCUUAGAGGACCACGAGAAUAGUGCUCGUUUUCGCAAGGAAGUGGCUGCGUAUCUAGCAAGCUUCAUCAAGAGCGACCUGAGGUGGAUCAGCGCCGAUGAGGAGAAGGAGGCCAUCUGGGAUGAAGCGAGCAGGCGUCUAUCUGAGCGGUGUGGGAGAGCUGGCAUGGGUGAGAUCACUCGCAGGUGGCCCUUCGCAAGUGAAGCAUAUCCUGCCUUUGAGCUUAUCGUUCGAGAGCCCCCAAUCACCGGUGAUGCGCUCGGGCUCAAGACAUGGGGAUCGUCGUACUUUCUUGCACGAUUGCUGGACAAGAUCGCCGAGCAAUCCCUCUCUCAUCUACUGAUUGAACACAAUUCGCUACCAGACGUGUUAGAACUGGGCUCAGGAACGGGUCUCUGUGGCAUGGCCGCGGCUGCCAUCUGGAAAACGCGCGUAGCUCUGAGCGAUCUGCCUAACAUCGUGCCCAAUUUAUCCCACAAUAUUGAGAAAAAUAGUGAAGUGAUUGAGGCACUUGGCGGACAGGUCGAGGCGGGCGAUUUGACUUGGGGUGGACACCUCGAAGAUAAUGACGAUAUGUUCACUAAAAAGAACCAAUUCAAGAUCAUAUUGAUUGCAGAUCCUAUCUACGACGACAAUCAUCCAGCACUCCUCGCCUCAGCCGUGCAUGACCACUUGGCGCAGACUGAGGAUGCCAGAGUCGUCGCCAUGGUUCCUAUGAGGGAUGACACGACGCGGAGGCUGCUGGCCAAGUUCAGAGAUUUCUUGGCAGAUGGCAAAAGGCCUCUAGCAUGCCUCGAGGAGCACAGACUAAUGGGCCAGGAUGACUGGGGUGAAGACGAGGAGCCACCGCAGAUCGAGUGCUGGUGGGGUGUUUUUGGAAGCAACAAUUGACGGAACUUCAGGUUGAUACGCUAUGAACGAUGAUAUGAUGUAGACCAUUUAGAAACUUCUGUCAUGUUUGGCCUGAUAGAGGGCAACGAUAGAGGCACGGCUAGAGCUUAGACGAACAACGCCAUUCCAGGCAACAGCAGGCCGAACAAAGUUGACUUACAGAAAAGAAUAGAGCUGUACAGUGC